CGGGGCGGCGGCGGGCGGCGACGGAGGAGAGGGACAAGAAAGAGGGACAAGAAAGAGGAGGAAGAGGAGAAGGAUGCUGCGCGCCUUGGUGGCGGUGUCCCUGUGGCUGCGGGUGAGCCCGCGGGCGCAGGGCGCUCCGUGCGAGGCGGUGCGCAUCCCCAUGUGCCGCUCCAUGCCCUGGAACAUCACCCGCAUGCCCAACCACCUCCAUCACAGCACCCAGGAAAACGCCGUCCUCGCCAUCGAACAGUACGAGGAGCUGGUGGCCACAGGCUGCAGCCCGGUCCUGCCCUUCUUCCUCUGCGCCAUGUACGCCCCCAUCUGCACCCUGGAGUUCCUCUACGACCCCAUCAAGCCGUGCCGCUCCGUCUGCCAGCGCGCCCGCGACGGCUGCGAGCCCAUCAUGCGCCGCUACAAUCACAGCUGGCCCGAGAGCCUCGCCUGCGACGACCUCCCCGUCUACGACCGCGGUGUCUGCAUCUCCCCAGAGGCCAUCGUCACCGACCUGCCGGAGGAUGUGAAGUGGACGGACUUCACGCAGGGCAUGAUGCUGCCGGACAGACCCCUGGAGCCCGACUGCAGGACCCGUGGCCAGGAGCGGUGCAGGUGCAAAAAGACAAAGCCUACGCUGUCAAACUACCUGGCCAAGAACUACAGCUACAUCAUUCACGCUAAAGUAAAAAGUGUAGAAAGAGGCAACUGCAAUGAGAUAACGACUGUGGUCGAAGUCAAAGACAUACUUAAGUCUUCAACACCAAUUCCUCUGUCCCAAGUGCCUCUUCUUACAAAUUCCUCCUGCCAAUGUCCACCUCUUCAACCGAAGCAGGAUGUUCUCAUCAUGUGCUAUGAAUGGCGGUCAAGGUUAAUGCUUCUUGAUGGAUGUCUAGUUGAAAAAUGGAAGGAUCAACUAAACAGAAGGUUUAAGAGGUGGGAGCAGAGACUGCAAGAGCAAAAGCGGCGAACUGCCCGCAGUAAGAACCAGAAUUCAGGACGUAGUGGUCAGACUGGAGCCCUGAAACCGUCAACCAAGAAUACCAGCCCGCUGAUCAGUGGCCCCAAAAAGGCCACUAAAAUAAGACAUGGCCAGAAAGAAAUCAACCCUAAAAAAGCAUGAGAGUGAAAUUUCCAAAAGGAAAGACUUUCCCUGCACGACGAGGGUCACAAUCUGGCUUUGUGGGCAUGUUCUGUUAAUCUGGAACUCACUGACUUAAAAAAUCACGUCACUUUCUACAUAGACCUUUUUGCUGCACUUUACUGUUAAGAGGUUUGCUUCUUCUUUCAAGUCACUGUAAGCCAUAGAGCGUAGGUUUGCACUUAUAUGAGGUAGGCAUAUUCCAGCUGACUGAGCUUUAUCUUUGGGCUCUGAUUUGCAGUUCUAGAUAGAACUAGCCUUGGCUGUCAGAGGUUUUGACUCCUUGUGCCAGUUGCCUGCUCUGCUUCCCUGCCAAAAGUUGGGGAGCUGCAUGUAGGUGUAAUAGCUGGUGAGUUAGGCUGUGAGUUAGCUCACCAGACACAGCAGCUGAGGAACAGCAGAGGGAUGGUAACCUCUGGCAGACAUCUCGGGGAGCAACUACUGGAGCUGAAUCUAUCCGCUGUUUGGAAUCACAGCCCUUGUUCAGAGUGUUCAAAAGCAUGGUUUACCAUUAAGCAUGUGGGUAUGCAUUAUGUGAUUAUUUUUAUGUGUGUGAUGAAAAUAUGCUUACACUGUAAGUAUUUGAUCUUGUGGGUUUGUGUAGAAAAAAUGCAUUGAAAGCACACAUUUAAUUUUUUAUGGCACUUCAGGCUGGCUUCUGUUCUAAUUUCAAAUAUAUUUAAGCAUCUAAUUGAAAAAUCAGUAUUUUUUGAAAGGACAGAUUAAAGUGAAGCAGAUCUGUAGAAUUCUUAAAAGUAAAACUUAUUUUUGCUGUAAUAUAGCCUUGUUAUGAAAACUGGAAUAGAAGCUUUAUCCUAAACAUAACUGACAGCUACUAUACAGUAUGAGGAGAAGAUAAGACUUCAUGUGGCUCAGUAAUCAUGUGGAUAAUUUUUUAUCAUUUGACACCAUAUUUCUAAUCUUUUUCUGGUACCAAAUAAAUAAAUAAAUAAAUAAAUGAAUAGCCCUUGUCACUACUAAUGAAGUUCUCAAAGCAACUGUCUCUCUGCAGUUUUGCUGAUCAGAAAGUAAUACUUAUUCUGAAAAGGUUGACAGAAAAAGAAGAUGCUUUUAUUUAUGCAGUAAGUUUACUCACUUAACAUUUGCUGUAUGAAGUAGCAAGGGAGUAUAGAUCUAAUUAACAUAACUCCAAGAUGAUAUUUAUGCUAUCCUUCCAACAUGUACUUGGAUAAGGCAGCAUAGAUAACACAUUCUGAUUUCAAUUUCAUUUAACACAUAAAAUCACCUACAUUAGGAUCAGAAGAGCUCAUGAUAAGAAAUCUGAAAGACCUUCAAGAGUUCCUGCAGGAAGACUAAGGGCUAGACUUGUCAAUCCUGGUGUUUAUAAAACAAAAUGAGCAUUUUUAAAAUAGAGAGGGUCUAUGUCAGAAAAAAAAAUAAAAGAGUUCUGUGUAGACUAGCAUAAGGAGAUACAACUUGUCAUGUCAGCAUGUUGAUCUUUGUUAUUACAAGAAUUGCAAUGAAAUUUGCAUGCAUGAAAUUCAAGGCUGAACAUGCAGGAAUGAUUUUGGUAGCUGCAGUUUUAUAGCUGGUAUAUGCUAGCACGAGCUGGAGACAUAAAUGCCAAGCUAGAAUGCUUAAAACAAAGAGGCAGAGGUGUUACAUAAAAAUGGAAUAAUAGCAUGUAGGAUAGUUUGGCAGACAUGGUCAUUGGUUGAGCUUUGAGCCGUUGGUUAAAAUAUGCAAAGGUCAGCAUUUCAAUGUGGCCUUACCGCUAAUUCUGGGCAGGUGCAGAAAUUUAUCUACAUGAAACACCUGCAGAAUUAGAUCCAAAAUUCAUUCCAGCUGCCAGGAAUGCUGAGCAUAUGUAUCAUCAAUUGAGUUUAGUGAGAAUUAGGUGUGUUUGACAUGUUUAAAAAACAGACCACAAAUUUAGGUGCCUAAAUACAGACUAUAGGAGAAAUCUUAAUCCUGUACAAUCAAAUGGAAAAACUGAAAUGGAAAUCAAAGGAGACAGAAUUUCACUGCAGGUGACUAAUUUAGGUAAGUUUGAAAAUGCUGACUUAAGUAAGCCGGAUCUAAAAGUUCAGUAUGAUUGGAAAACUUCUAUAGUUUUGUGUGCUGUGUAGCAGGAGUUCUUAAGCUUUGAUUAUCUAUUGAACCCAAUUUCAAAUACCCCAGUAAAUAUGUAUAUGGUUGGCUAUUAAAGAGCAAACAACAGUCCUAUCAAUGGGAUGUUGAAAUAACAAAUACUGAAGUCAUGAUAUUACACUUUAACAGGUUUUAUUGUGAACGUAGUCAAGUGUGGUGUUUGUUAAAUGAAACUUUUGGAACAGCUACCUAGACUUGAUAGCAACAUUACAUAUUAUUUUACAACUAUUAAAAUCAAACUAACUUUUUUUUUUUUUUUUAGUCAGGGGAGAAAAUGUCAAAAUUAUUUUCUCCCGAGAACUGUCACCAUUCCUGCUGCAAGUUGACCAUUCCAAUAUGCUGGAAUAAACUUUGAUGCACCAA